CGGCCAAUCCACCGGCAGUCCGGCACCGGGCUCCAGUGACUCCCAUGCUUUAGUUCCUUCCAUGCAGCUUCCUCCCCUCACUCUUUUCAACCUUUCCACACCGCCUUUUCCCUCCCCAGAUAACUAACCAUGGGGUAAAUUAACAACAGCGCACAAUUAGCCGGCACCACAAGUCAUUUCCUCGCAUCUUUCUACCUCGCUCGUAGAGAGGAGCUAGUGUGCAGUACGUGUCUCUAGGCUGGAUCGAUCGAUGGCGUCGUCGGGCAGCGACGUGCCGGCGGCGAGGGCGGCCGUGGCGGUGAACGAUCUGAUCCAGGCGCGCGACGGCGCGGCGAGGCUCAGGGCCUUCCUGCUGCAGCUGGACGACCAGCGCGCGGCGUGGGCGCAGCUGCAGAUCGACGGCGUCCUGACCAAGCUGUCGAGCGCGAUGUCGGCGUUGGAUGUAAGCGAUGCCGCCGGGUCGGACGACGGUGCGAGGCCACGGCCGCAGUCGGGGAGCUCGUGCGGGAACAAGAGGAAACAAAGCUCCAGCAGAAGAUCACAGCGUCCAUCUGACAAAAAGAUCACUGCUAACCUGGAAGAUGGCCACGUAUGGCGGAAAUAUGGGCAGAAAGAGAUUCAAGACUCACCCUAUCCAAGGAGCUACUACAGGUGCACGCACAAGACAGACCAGGGCUGCAGCGCCAGGAGGCAGGUCCAGCGCUGCGAGACGGACACGUCCAAGUACGUCGUUACCUACUACGGCGAGCACACGUGCCGGGACCCCUCGACGAUCCCGCUCAUCGACCACGCCGCCGGCGCCCUUGCCGAGCUCGACCGUGCCAACAACCUCAUCAGCUUCGGCCCCAGCGGCACCAGCAACGACGCAAACGCAGCAGCCGCGGCCAGCAACGCCGGCGCCUCUUCGUCGCAGUACCUGCAGGCUAUGGGCGGGAGCGCUGCUGCUGAUCAGCUGUCCACGUCGUGGUGCACCAGCGACGACGUGUUCAGCUCGUCGGCCGGCUCGUUCAUGCAGGUGGACCAGCUGAUCGGCGCCGUCGUGGGCGGCUCCGCCGGGGUCGUGACGUCAGCGGCGGCGCCGGACCGUGGCGUCGUGCUUGGUGGCGUGGCGAGCGGCGGCAGAGGCACCGCCAGCUUCCCGACGUCUCCGAACAGCCUCGGCUUCGUGGUGGGAUCGCUUGGGAGCAUCGGCGGCGGCGGCGAGGACGACGACGAUAUGUUUAGACUGGAUCCUUAGUAAGGAACUGAACUAGGGGCGGCAUUGCCCGUAUACGUGAAACGCACGGACCUGUGAUUCGUCUUGGUGCGUGAACCGGCCAUGGCUGCUUGUAAAGCACAAUAAGGCCUCGCACCAGCAUGUACACAUGCAUACACUUGUGCCAUCUUGAUGCCGAAUGAAGUUUUGCUCCGGUCACUAGCUA